UGUAUGUUGUACAUAUAUAUAUAUAUAUAUAUAUAUAUAUAUAUAUAUAUAUAUAUAUAUAAAUGUACGUACGAACACAUUAUGAACCAUUACAAACUCUUGCUUAGGUACGUUUGAAAAAAUCACCAAUCUUCGUCUGCUUCAUCUUGUUUAUUUUUUUUUGUCAAAGCCAACUCCUUUAUCUUUUGAAGUUGAAGUAGCUGGACGAUUUCUACUUCCUCUUGUCUUUCAAGCCACUGAAAGACAACAUCAACG